AUGUAUAUAAACCAUAGGUAAAAGGAAGUAUUACAGUUGGUGCCCGGAAUACCUUCAGACUAUCAUCGACCAAAGCAGAAUAAUGGACAAGAGCAGUACCUCUGCGAUCGGUACUUGUAGGAAACUUGGAGUUGUGGGGAUACCGAUCAGCAAGGGGCAGAGGCGGAACGGCACAGAAAAAGGACCGCAAACGCUCAGGGAUGGCGGGCUGCUGGAGCGCCUCAGAAAGUUCGGCUGUGAGAUCACUGACCACGGUGACGUUACCUUGGAUUGCAUUGACGACGAUAUCCCGUAUGGAAACGUUAAAAAUCCCAGAAACAUUGCCAUGGGAUCACUCCGGGCGGCCGACGUGGUGGAGAAAUGUCUGCGUACAGAGGGUCGUUGUCUUGCCAUCGGCGGAGACCACAGCAUGGCUAUCGGCACCAUUAUGGGACAUGCGCGCGUCCAACCGGAUAUGGUGGUUUUGUGGAUAGACGCUCACGCCGACAUCAACACGCCACUGACGUCAGAUAGCGGGAACAUGCACGGCAUGCCCUUAGCGUUUGUUGCGGAGGAACUUGCUCCCUUUGUACCCCCUUUGCCUGGUUGGGAGGGAAUUCAACCCUGCAUCAAGGUUGAGCAGAUCGCAUGGAUCGGGCUGCGUGACGUGGACCCUGGUGAGCGUAAGAUCAUCGAGAAGUUCGGUAUGAGCGCCUUCAGCAUGCACGACGUUGACAACAACGGCAUAAAAGGAAUACUUAAAAAGGCGCUCGAUGCUGUAGACCCAUCAGGGACGAAACCAAUCCACGUGAGUUUUGACGUUGACGCCAUGGAUCCGACGCACACUCCGAGCACCGGAACUCCCGUCGGCGGCGGUCUGUCCGUCCGUGAGAUGUGCUUUAUCGCGGAGGAACUCGCCCUCACGGGCCGGCUGACGAUGCUGGACAUCGCCGAGGUGAACCCCAACAUCGGGGACCCGAAGGACGUUAGCCACACCGUCAGCUCAACGAUAGACGUCGCAACUCACUUUUUCGGCCACCGCCGCCAAGGAUUUGUCCCCGCCAACUAAGAAAUUCCAACAGUCGUCCUUCGGAGAAACUCGGUCAUUAACGGGACAAAGUGCCCGUGUUGAGCUUUUGUGACCAACUGGUGUCUGUAUUUAAUAAUUUCUUUGGAAAUCUCUAGCCUGCCAACUAUAUCGUGUUAAAGACAAAUAAGAAACACUAAAUACUACCAAGAAAUAUACCAUAGGUGCAACUUUGAGGUACUUUUCCUUUUACGAAAUCAGACACGAUGUUGAUGCCUAAAACAUGAUUUUGUUUAGACUUUUUGAACUACUUAUUUGACAAUGAAUGUUAAGGAAGUUAUAUUAAUUAACCAAAGCAACGUCUCUCUCGUUGGCACGAUGUUGCGCAAUCUCGAGUGUAUCAGUUAAAAAGCAAGAUUUUUGCUUCAAUGCGUUUGCAUAGAUAAGUCCGAUGUUAAAAUUAUAGAAGAAUAACUCUGUUAGGCAUUUUUAAAUACAAUUUACAUGGUGAUUGUGUACUUAAUAAGCGAAUAUUAAAUGGUGUCAAGAAAAUAAUGUUAUUUCUGAUGCACAAUUCGGUUUUAUACGAGGUCGAUCUACAGUUGAUGCACUUUUAAUUCUUCACUCAUUUUUUUCAAAAACUUAAACAAACAUUUAUAUUGCUGUUUUAUUGACAUGAAAUGUUGUUUUGAUUCCAUUUUAUCCAAGGGGUCCAACGUACGCAUUUUUACUGGUGAAUGAGUAAUUUAAUUCCUACUGAGAAGAACGCUAUAAGCCGUAUGCUUUCGUUCCAAUCCAUUUCAAUAUUAUAGACUACUUGUGUGUGAACAUAUUCCGUGCAGUUUAUAAUUUUUUUAUGUUAUUGUCCAAGGUCAAAGUUACGUUAUGUACAGGGAAGUCGAACUAGUAUGGAUUGAAGGAAAACAAACACCGUUUGAAUGAAAAACGGGCAUGUAUUAAAAUGCCAUAAAUAUUGCUAAGUUAUUCAAAAGGUAAUUUAGAAAAGUUGUCCGCAUUCUGAUUGGCCUGUACCGUCACGUGGCACAAAAAGGGUAAAAUUGAUUGGCUCCUGGGAUAAAUUGCCCGUAUGGCUAAUUCCCGAGAUAUUGCCUAAAUCCCGUGCCACGGCCGUACAGAAAUAAAUUGAACAACGGCCAUAAAUAAUUUUAUGUUUGCAUAAAAUUGCAUAUAUGUUGAAACAAGUAUGUUUAAACCAAGGGUUCCAACGUCAAUUCUUUUUACUGAAUUUUAAGUGAGGGACAUGUUCAGUGCGGAACAAAAUGGCGGAUUAUUUGGGUAUUUUUGUGUUUUCGGGGGAUAUGACAUGUUUAACAGGUUAAUAUCACUGUUGUCAAUAAAUAAGUAAGCCUACCCGGAGGCCAAACGUGUAAGCUCCUCGCUGUUUUUACCUAUGUUUUUACAGGCCUUUACAAAAAAAGUUAUUGAAGGUAUAAAGAUAGAUUAUUUCAUUCCUCCAAAUUGAAGUGAUGAGUGUAAAUACAUGUAUAUCAACAUUAUAGACAGUAAAUAAACAUUAAUGAACAUGUCAUAUCAUUCAGCAAGUUUAACAUAUUGAAAGAUUGUUUGUUUACAAAGUGAAAAUAUAAAAAAUAUAGCAUGGUGUACGAACCUUAGGACCCGUUCAUCAAAACUCAGAAAUGAAUUCUCUGGGUAUGUUUUGCAUAUUUUAAAUAAUCAGAUUUUUAAUUAAUGAGUAACCGUUUCUUUGCAAAAUCAAUGACAACAUUGAUAUAAUGUAGUAAAGGUGCGUAACCCAACUAUCGAAUACGCAUGACCGAUUCAUUACUUAUAGCCUCCCUUUCUAUACGUAUACAUAUAAUUCAGCUUUCAGUUGAAUAAAAAAUGAAAUCAGUUGUGUAAGUCUGAUUGUUUUGUAUAAAAAAAUAUAAAAAAAAGGAAUUUCUCAUACAUGCAGUUACAAUAUGAAAAGUAUUGGAAAGGUGGUGUACUCAGUACUGGUUCAACCCAGGAAAGUUGUAUCCUGUGUAUCGGUGCUUUACACCGAGCACGUUAAAGAAACAAGAGGUCUCUUCGCAAAGAGCUAAGGUAUCGCACCCGGAUCUCUUGUAUCUCGCUCUGAUUCUUCAAGUCUUCCAAUGUCUGGAUUUGACUGUGAAUUACUGUCACUUCUAUAUCAUGUCACUAAUGGCAUUUAAACACAAUUUAAGUCGUGAAUGCGUCACGGCGGGGUCAAGCCAUAAUGCAGCCAAUGGGCGCGGGCAGACCUUAACAAACUCAAAUAAACUACAUUUAGAAUGUCACGAGAUAUACAAGUUGCAGAAUGACGUUGUGCGCGGUAAAUUAAGAUUAUAAUUUAAGUGUUAUGGCAUAUUUGUUAUUGCAAUAAAUAUAAAAAAAUAUCAAACUGGGGGUUAAAAAAUGUCUAAAAGGUGAAGAGAAGUCAUUCCGAUUUUUGUAUAAAUAUGUUGUGGUGAUAUUUAGAUAACUAGAUUCAUUUUACUUUUAUUAUUAUGCUAAAGCAGUUAAAACAUCUUGAAGUUAAAAAUGAUUUUGGAAAUAUAUCAUUUUUUUAUAAUUAUUGAAAAUGUUUAAAAAUACUUUAGUUGCUUCUGAAACAUACGGGCCCUGUUGUACUUUUAACUUUCCAGUACAGUUUGUUUAUUUUGUAUAUUUGCUAAUGUUCAAUCAUGUCAAUUUUAUUUUAAAUAUCAUAAAUGCUUAUACAUGUAUUUGGAAAUGAAUACCAAUAAACUUGCUUUAAUUCCUC